CGCACGUUGGCCCUAACAAAGAGCGCAUGAGCAAUAUUAUCUACCCAGAUCUAAUCGUGUCCUUAGAACAGCAGCUUCGCAGACAUGAGAUUGCUGCGCUGCGGCUACACGGAGAGCCCGUUCCAGAGGCCCUCGCCCUCGAGCUGGACAGAUGGAUGGCCGAGGAAAAGGGAUCCGCGGAACAAGAAGCUACAUCUCCAGUGACAGUGGCACACACAACGCUGGGUGAAGACUGUCCAGCAAGGGACCAGGUCCUGAACACGUUCGAACUAGUCGGAAACAUCAUCUCCAUGCUCCCGACCGAGGAAAUCCUCCAAGCCCGCCUCGUGAGCAAAGACUGGCUGGCCGAAGUAGAGGCAUUGCUCCGCAACACCGCAUUCCGUGAGAAAUUUUCGACAAGAAUUGUUCUUCGCGCCUAUAGCCUGUGGGCCCGUAGAGCGCGGCACGCCUGUCGCAAAGGGAUUUGUGAAUCCAUAUUGUGACUCUAAGGGCAAAGGGCACCUUAUAUGCACAUUAUGCACACCCAUUAGAGAUCGAGAGGUCCAUCUACUACGGAUUCGCAACCCCAUGGCGUGUAGACAGGCCGUGGUAGGAGCAGACAACUACCGACCCAAGUUUUAGUUCGAUAUGUCACAGUUCAAAAUAAAUCCAAUCCUAGCGCGCAUGCUAGGCACCCCAACCCACCUCCGUAAUGGUCGUUGCGAUUUUGACAUCAGUGAAGAGGCGGACGGUACAUUUUCAUUUUCUCAGACCAGAGCAAAACUAUUGCAAGAGCAUGGAACCGAGUGGGACAGAACCUUCCUCACACAGCC